AUGUCGCAAUUCAAACUCGCCAACUCUACCGACCCCGUCCCGGGCAAUGGUACCCCGCCGCCCGAGUUCACCCUCAAAACCAACCCCUCAACAGACAUAUGGUGCAAACCCCCAUCCACCACCCGCUUCAACGCCCCAAUCCUCUACCAAUCCAUCUCCAUCCAAUCAUUCCGACGCGCCCGUGUAGCCGUCAACGCCGCCUGGAAGUACAAAUACGACCAAGGCGGCCUGAUCCUGGUCCUCAAGAAACAAGACGGAACCCAGAAGUGGGUGAAGACGGGGAUCGAACUCACGCAUGGCCGCCCGCAUCUCAGCGUCGUGGCCAAGGACAACUGGGCGGAUUGGAGCUUGUCUCCGGUGCCGAGUGGGGGCGGGGCGGCGACGCUGGAGAUGGUUCGUGAGUCUGAUGGGAGUUUGUGGAUUUAUCUGGUUGAGGGGGUGCAGAAGUCGCCUAUUCGGGAGGUGACUUGGGUGUUUGAGAGGGAGGAGGAGGUUGCUGAGUGCUGGGUUGGGGUGUAUGCGGCCAAACCGGCCACUGAUGGGGGAGAACUGGUGGUCCAUUUUGGGCAUUUGGUGGUCGAAUGA